UUUGUUAUGAUUUGGCUCGAUUUAUUAUGCAGGUGGUCAUAUGUUAUGACUGAUAAACUUUCUUCUCUGUUUGUGUGUGCAGGUGUGUUUGGUGAUGAAGUGAAGUCAGAAUCAGUGAUGACGGGAGAUUCAGUUAUUCUACACACUGAUACUGUGAAACAGACAGAUGAUCUUAUUGAAUGGUAUUAUGGACCUGAAGACAUUGUUAUUGCAAGAAUCAAUGAAAAGGAAAAUCUCAUCAUGUUAUCUGAUGAUGAGAGAUUCAGAGACCGAGUGAUGGUGGAUGAUCAGACUGGAGAUCUCAUCAUCACAAACAUCAGACCUGAACACAUUGGACUGUAUACACUUAAGAUCAGCAGUAACAAUACAAUAGUCUUUUAUAUGAAAUUCAAUGUUACUGUCUAUGCCCGUUUGCCCGUUCCUGUCAUCAGCAGAGUUUCUUCUCAAUGUUCAUCAUCAUCAAUCUCAAACUGUGUGGUGUUGUGUUCAGUGAAAAAUGUAAAAGGUGCGAGUCUGUCCUGGUACAAAGGAAACAGUUUAUUGUCCCUAAUCCAUAUGUAUGAUCUCAACAUCAGACUCUCUCUAUCUCUGGAGAUUGAAUAUCAGGAUACAAACACUUACAGAUGUGUACUCAACAAUCCCAACACAAACCAAACUCAACUUCUCAACAUCGCUCAACUUUGUGAGCCAUGUUCAGUUUCUCCUGAACGGACAUUCAGUAUACUUCCAUUUGUAUUUACUUUUAAGAUCUGGGUGUUCUUCAUCAUUAUCUUUCUCUACAUACGCAGAAGAAGAAAGCUCAUAAAGCAAGUCUCGUGA